AUGCCUUACCACGACGUUUUGAAAUCUGGGGCUUUAGAUAAUCAAGAUGAAGAGAAGAAAGAAGAAAAUAAAGAUGAACAGAAGAUGGGAGAAAAAAAAGAUGAAGGGAAGAAGGAAGAAAAAAAGAGAAAUAAAGAUGAAGGCAAAGAGGAAGACACAAAUGUUGAAGAGAAGAAAGAAGAAAAACAAGAUGAAGAAAAGCAUGACGAGGAGGGUAAUGAAGUAGUUGAUUAUUCAAAUGUGGAGGUGCCAUCUUCCUUACAAUCCCUUUGUGGUUAUGUGGAAACUACACUAAAGCCACAGGGGAAGAUCAUGACCUUCAACAUUGAGAAGGAGGUGUUUGGUGCAGAUCGAAGUACCUUCGUCUUGCAUGAAGAUAUUACACAGUUUGCAGGCAUGGAAGAAAUUGGGGCUACUGUGGUUGCAGUAUAUAUGAGGUGCUUAUAUGAUCUUUUGAGAGAAGCAAAUAUGUGCAGCAUGGUUGGCUUUAUCGACCCUGCUCAAGUUAGUGCCAACGCUGGGUCACUAACUGACAGAUCACGAAUUGUAGCCAGUCGACUUCAGAAAACAGAUGGUGAACAGAUUUUCAUGAUGCCUUACAAUCCAGGACCAGGCCGUAAAGCACCUAUUUGGAAAACUCUGCCAGGCACACCAAAGCAACCCAGCAGUGUCGAAUGCGGGUAUUAUGUGAUGCGCUUCAUGAGGGACAUCAUCAUGGAUCCUUCCUUGGAGUUUGAGAAGAAGUUUGCCAAGGGAAAAGAUCAAGCGCCAUACCCCCAAGCAGCCAUUGAUGAAGUCAGGAAAGAAUGGGCAGAGUUUGUUUGCCUUCAUAUGGAUUAG